CAGCCAUCCCUAGGCAGGAUUAGGUUUCGCUUCUACAGAAUUCCUCUUCUAGCGAUCCUUUUCGAUUGUGCUGCCUUAAUAAUGGUCUUUUGGAGUGGUGAUGUUUCUGAUUCUGGAGCAACCCAACUGAUCAUCUUGCUUACUCAAGAGAAGACAUGCCAUAUAUAAAGAGAAAGAGUUUACCAAAGCAUCUAAAGACUUCACCCUGCUGGAUCUGAUGAUAUAAGGGAAUCAGAUACACAAAUUGAGAGACUUCUAAACAGAGGCUUAAUAUCACCACUCAGUCGACCAGAAUGCAUCUAAACCAAUAAACACCCCCCCCCCCCAAAAAAAAAAACAUUCAUGAAGUCUAACGGAGAAUCAUUUGCGUUCAGUUUUCAAUCAAUAACUUUGCACUUGCACUUGAACAAACAUGUUCCUGUUAAGGAUCAUUUUGUUUAUCGCUGCUAUAUUGGCUCUGAACUUUGAACUGAGUUUCUGCACCUGUGCUCGUGCUGAAUAUGAGAUACAAGGAGAAUGUUGUCCUAUGUGUGCUCCGGGAAACCAUGUUUAUUGGCAUUGCACUGUGGAUACCAGUACAACUUGUGUUCCAUGUCCUGAAUCAUCUUAUACAGACGAACCCAAUGGUCUUAUGAAAUGCUUUACCUGCUCUAUGUGUGAUGCAGUUAUAGGACUAAGAGUAAAGAAGACUUGCACACGCACUGCAGAUACAAUCUGUGAGCCACAGGAGGGAUUUUACUGCACUGACCAAAAUAAGCACAGGUGUACAUUAGCUGAGAAACACACAAAAUGUAACCCUGGGCAAUAUAUUAAACAAACAGGAACAGCAUUUACUGACACUAUAUGUGCUAACUGUACAGACGGCACUUACUCAAAUGGCUCUUUAAUGGCUUGUCAACCACAUUCAAAAUGUGACAUUAAGGGGCUUACAGAAAUAAAAGCAGGAACAAAGUCAUCAGAUGUUGAAUGUGAGGAAUCUACUCCAGUUGCUCUUAUAGUUGUAGUUGGAGUCGUUUUAUGUUCUUUGAUGGUUGCUGUUACAGCUUUAUUAAUAUACUACUUCAAAGUAAGACGGAAACAACUACACAGAAAUCCUGGUUAUUCCUUACCACCACUGAGUGAUGUGACUUAGAACCACCACCAAAUUAGGCAUAAGUGGCUGCAAUGGACUGUUAAGACAGCUGAGAUGAAAAUUGGGUUCCCCGGCCCAAUCUCCAUAUUGUACCAGAGAUGAGAACUCGAGUUUGAGACUUGGACUCUUGCACACACAGUGGUGGACCCGUGAUUCGGGUCGCAUGCGAUUCGCUGAUUAAUAUGCAAUUUAAAUAGGGAAAGUUUAUCAUUAACGUGUUUCUAAUGCUUGCAAAUGUUAACAUUCAAGUGAUUUAAAACAAUUUAACCGCAAAAAGGUGCUAAAGUGAGCAGAUUUCUGUACGCACAUGCAGUUAAAUUUGUCCGGUCCAGCUCCAGUCAGGUCUAUAGUUGCGCUACUGUGUGUCAUACUGUAGUCCAUUAACAUACAUUUGCUGAAUGGAGCAAUGAAAAACAACAUAACGUUUUUAUGUGUAGCGACUGUUUAUGCUGCAUCUUCUUCCUGAAGCACUGUUUGGAAUUCACCCUCCGCCGGUGUGUGAGCACGCGAAGUGCCCUUAGUAGUGCAUAUACGGAUAGAAGUGUUUCAAAAAGUAAGCCAACAUAAUAUCUUUCUGUUCUUGACAAGGCACAUACACACACAAAAUGACCUCACAGUAUUCUUUUUCUAAUAAAACAUUUGUUUAUGUCUUAAGUAUAUGUAUAGAUUACAGUCAGAAACCAAUCUGUGCUUAUUUGUACUUAAAGAGACAGUAACCUCAAUUAACCUACUUCAGUCUGUGUCAUUAAUGUUAAUCAAACAACAUCAACAACAAACAAAAUCACUUCUGUUGCUCUAAUAAUAAUAAUAAUAAUAAUAAUAUUUAAUUUGUACAAUAAAGACAGUGUUAUUAUUCA